AUGGAAACACCGUUGUACAAAUUCGAACCACAAGACUACGAUACGGUUUACGAACCUUCCGAGGAUUCUUUCCUGUUACUAGACGCACUGGAAGAUGAACUUGAAGCGAUAAAAGCUCGUAAGCCGGUACUGUGCGUGGAAAUUGGCCCCGGAAGUGGUGUGCUUAUAGUCGCACUGGAAAAACAUCUUCCUGCUGGAACAACCCAUUUUGUCGGCUGCGAUAUCAACCCAAAUGCAUGUCGAAUGACACAAAAAACGUGCCUAUUAAACGGUUCAACGGUGGAUGUGGUAAAUAUGGACCUACUUGCAGGAAUGAGACCGGGUUGUGUAGAUCUGCUCGUGUUCAAUCCACCGUACGUUCCAACGCAACCGACGGUAGAUUCGUUGGAAGAACACAUCGAAGAUUUUCAUUUAUCGGGCGAAGAUCAGUCGCUGGUACACGCAUGGGCUGGAGGAGUAGAUGGUAGAAUUGUAACAGAUCGUGUAUUAGCUGACCUGCAUCGGAUCCUUUCACCAGAUGGAAUGUUUUACUUACUUUUGCUGAAGGAGAACAAACCCGUAGAAGUGUUGAAGCAACUGGAGCGUACCAACUUCCGGGGGAGCAUAAUCAAAGAGCGACGGAUCCGUGGGGAACAUCUUUACGUGUUGCGAAUAGAACGGUAA